AUGGUUGUUAAUGCUACCACUAACCCAUUGCAGCUACUGCCCUUAGAGCUUGUGGACAAAUGUAUAGGAUCAAGAAUUCACAUUGUGAUGAAGAGGGAAAAAGAAAUUGUUGGUACAUGGCUCGGAUUUGAUGACUUCGUCAAUAUGGUGCUGGAAGAUGUCACGGAGUUUGAAAUCACACCAGAAGGAAAAAGAAUUACUAAAUUAGAUCAGAGUUUGCUAAAUGGAAAUAAUAUAACAAUGCUGGUUCCUAGAGGAGAAGGGCCUGAAGUAUGACUGGAUUUCUUGAUUCUGCUAGAUUCUCUUUUGUCUUA